UCUUUUUUUUUCAUUAAAGGUAAAAUUUGAAAAGCGUUUUUCAAGGGUUUCGAAAGGGUUUGAGGGUUGGCGGAUUUUUUUUAAUGAAACGCCUAUUUUCCUUGUAGUCCAUUAAGAAUUCUUUAUUUUCUCUCUUUCGAAACAAAACUAUUAUGCGCAGAGCCUUCACGCUGAGCAAAAGAGGGGCAAUCAUUUUUCCCGGCGAUUUCCAAGACAGUAGAAGAGAGUGACAGAAAUCCGGGGGUUUCUUCAACCAACCGUCAAGUUAUGGCAAACAAUCAAAUUGACAUCCCUCCAAAAGGUGGAUUCUCUUUCGAUUUGUGUAAAAGAAAUGAAAUGCUUAUUAAGAAAGGUAUUGAAGUGCCAAAGUUUCGCAAAACAGGAACGACAAUUGUUGGUCUUGUUUUCAAGGAUGGAGUCAUACUUGGGGCUGACACCAGGGCAACUGAAGGACCAAUAGUGUGUGAUAAGAACUGUGAAAAAAUACAUUAUAUUGCACCAAAUAUAUACUGCUGUGGUGCUGGAACUGCUGCAGAUACAGAAGCAGUAACAGACAUGGUUAGCUCCCAACUGGAGCUGCAUCGUUAUGCAACUGGUCGAGAAUCACGGGUUGUUAGUGCCCUCACUAUUCUAAAAUCCCAUCUAUUCGGUUACCAAGGCCAUGUGAGUGCAGCCUUAGUACUUGGUGGGGUGGAUAUUACUGGACCACACUUACAUACGGUAUAUCCUCAUGGAUCAACAGACACUCUACCUUUUGCUACAAUGGGUUCUGGAUCUCUUGCUGCUAUGGCAAUGUUUGAAUCACGAUACAAAGAAGGGUUAAAUAGAGAGGAGGGAAUAUCAUUGGUUUGUGAUGCUAUCCGAUCUGGAAUCUUCAAUGAUCUAGGAAGUGGCAGUAAUGUGGAUGUAUGCGUAAUCACAAAGGGUCAAACAGAAUAUCUGCGCAAUCAUCAACUGCCGAAUCCACGUACAUAUGUUAGUUCAAGAGGUUAUUCAUUUGCGAAAGGACAUACUGAGGUUCUGUCAACCAAAAUAAUCCCUUUGAGAAAGCAAGUGCAAGUGAUUGAAGGGGAUGCAAUGGAAGAGUAAUUCACGAUGAUAAACUACAGAAAUCUUUCCGAAGUGCCUUCUAAAAAUUCUCAUUGGAAAACAUAUUUAUAAUUGUUAUUGAACUGUUAUGCAGAAUUCAUUUGCUUAUUUCUGCAAAUGCAUUUUGUGAUUUGUGGAUUUUGUGGUACAUGAUGCUCUUCUGCAUCUCAAUACUGUUUCAAGCAAAUUCUUAUUUUGUUACAUGCCAACAACAUAGAUUAAAGAACCAUGCUUUUGCUUUGAAGGAAUUUUGAUUUGUAAGGAAGGCAAAUCAUUACUUUUUGCAGUUAUGGGAAUAUGUGUUCUUCUGUCAA